CGGGACGCCAUUGACCCACUAAUAGCCAAAUUCAAGAGAGGAUGAACUCAAUCACGUUUGCGUUGUUUCUCUUCACUGGUCUACAAGGUUGCGCUCUGACCCUGGAAAGUGAUGGCUUCUUGAAUAACGGACCGGAUGCGCUGACGACAGCUGGGAGUCCCUGUGAGGACUGCACAAAAAUAAUCAACCUCUUUGUCGACCUGCUUUCCAACGCAGACCUCCAGAAAAAAAUCAUGCUUAGCAUCGGCCAGCUGUGUGACCAUCUGCCCGGGAAAGCCGGCGUGGCUGAAUUAUGCAAGGAGGAGGUGGACAAGAUCCUUCCAGUGGCCAUCAGCUUGAUCACUGUCAUAGCGAGUCCCCGGGACAUCUGCAAAAUCACUGGGCUGUGCGGCUCAGACGACCAGCAGAAAACGUUGAGCUCUUUGCUCAACGAGGCGCUCCAGCUUGUUCCAUUGCAAGCAAAUGUGAAGCCAACGUCGCCAUGCUCAUUCUGCAUUUUUUUCAUCAAGACACUGGAUGACUUGCUGCCCAAAGAGAAAAUUAGGUUCAGGAGGAUAUGA